AAAUUUAAAAUUGCAAAAGUAUCACAACUGUUUAGUGAAGUCAUUCCUCUGUGUCAACUUCUUUACUGCUUGACAUGUUACUGUGUGUAACCCCUCUAGGAUUAUUGCAAUAUGGACCAGACUCUCUCCUUCCGCCUUGUCUCAGAGAACAAACUCUGUGAGACCACCGACACCAUCUUCAAGUCAAUCAGUCUCUUCUUUGGGCUCAAUGAGAUAAAUUUAUCUGAAGAUGGAGUCAAAAUUAUUAAAAACAAUGACACUAAUUAUGAAUAUCAAAUCCAUUCUGCGGGAAUAUAUAUUGUCACAGAGGUCAAAGGUCUUUUGAACUUAAUCUGGGACAAUAAAACAAGUCUGAUGCUCCAGCUUCAUCCCAAAUUAAAGGGCAAGGUGUGUGGACUGUGUGGAAACUUUGACGGCAAUGCAAACAAUGACUUCAUGAAGCACAGUGGAGAAGUGGUGACGGAUCCAGAGAAAUUUGGGAUUAGCUGGAAGGUGAAAGCUGAUUGUCUAGAUGUGACAAACGUGAUAGACGUUUGUGAAGAGCAUUUACAUCGCUGUGCCUGGGCUGAAAAACGAUGUAGCAUCAUAAGAAGCGAUGUCUUUAAAGAUUGCCAUGCACUUGUGGACUCUAACCAAUAUUAUGAAAACUGCAGAACAGACACCUGUGCAUGUGACAUUGGGGGUGACUGUGAAUGUUUCUGUACUGCAGUGGCAGCUUAUGCUGCUGAAUGCCGUAAAAAAGGAGCUUGUGUGAAAUGGCGGAGCCCAAGCAUAUGUCCUUUAUUCUGUGACUACUACAACCCACCUGGAGAAUGUGAGUGGCACUAUAACCACUGUGGACCUCCCUGCCAGAAAACCUGCAAUAACCCCUCAGGAACUUGCUCUGAUCAAAUUCCUCUCCUUGAAGGAUGUUUUCCUCAGUGCCCUCAAGACACUCCAUAUCUAUUGGAUGAAACCAUGACUUGUGUUAAACAAUGUAACUGUACCUAUGGGAGUAAGCAAGUCCCUGCUGGAUCAACAGUGUAUACCUCACACGGGAAUGGUACAUGUUCCAAAGGUCUAUGUAAGGAAAAUGGAGAAAUAAUAAGCUUUAUUACUGAUUGUGAAACUACUAAAACUACAAUACCCACAAGUUCUCCAAUAUCUACUACCACUACUACUGUGACACCAUCUACAACAACAGAAACAUCUACUACCACUACAACUGUUACACCAUCUACAACAACAGAAACAUCUACUACCACUACAACUGUAACACCAUCUACAACAACAGAAACGUCUACUACCACUACCACUGUUACACCAUCUACAACAACAGAAACAUCAACUACCACUACAACUGUAACACCAUCUACAACAACAGAAACAUCAACUACCACUACCACUGUUACACCAUCUACAACAACAGAAACAUCAACUACCACUUCAACUGUAACACCAUCUACAACAACAGAAACAUCAACUACCACUUCAACUGUAACACCAUCUACAACAACAGAAACAUCAACUACCACUACUACUGUAACACCAUCUACAACAACAGAAACAUCUACUACAACUACUACUCCACCACCUCCUUGUCAGUGGUCAGAGUGGUUUGACAACAGCAAACCCACCACAGAUGUCAAAGGAAAGGAAAUUGAAUCAAUCAGUGAACUGUGGAAUCAGGGUAAAAUAUCCUGUGAGAACCCAGACAAAAUUGAAUGCAUGACAAAUUAUAACAAUCAAAACUUCACAGACACGAACUGGAAGCACAAUCAAGUUGUGUCAUGCAAUACAUCUUUUGGACUGUUGUGUUCAAACAAAGAAAAUUCUAAUAAAGUAUGCCACAAUCAUCUAAUACGUGUGUGUUGCAACAUAUCAGUUUCAUCCACUACAAAUCCCACAUCUACUGCAUCAACUACUACUAUAACUACAACAUCUACAACAACAGAAACAUCUACUACCACUACUACUGUAACACCAUCUACAACAACAGAAACAUCUACUACCACUACUACUGUAACGCCAUCUACAACAACAGAAACAUCUACUACCACUACUACUGUAACACCAUCUACAACAACAGAAACAUCAACUACCACUACUACUGUAACACCAUCUACAACAACAGAAACAUCAACUACCACUACUACUGUAACACCAUCUACAACAACAGAAACAUCUACUACAACUACUACUGUAACACCAUCUACAACAACAGAAACAUCUACUACAACUACUACUCCACCACCUCCUUGUCAGUGGUCAGAGUGGUUUGACAACAGCAAACCCACCACAGAUGUCAAAGGAAAGGAAAUUGAAUCAAUCAGUGAACUGUGGAAUCAGGGUAAAAUAUCCUGUGAGAACCCAGACAAAAUUGAAUGCAUGACAAAUUAUAACAAUCAAAACUUCACAGACACGAACUGGAAGCACAAUCAAGUUGUGUCAUGCAAUACAUCUUUUGGACUGUUGUGUUCAAACAAAGAAAAUUCUAAUAAAGUAUGCCACAAUCAUCUAAUACGUGUGUGUUGCAACAUAUCAGUUUCAUCCACUACAAAUCCCACAUCUACUGCAUCAACUACUACUAUAACUACAACAUCUACAACAACAGAAACAUCUACUACCACUACUACUGUAACACCAUCUACAACAACAGAAACAUCUACUACCACUACUACUGUAACGCCAUCUACAACAACAGAAACAUCUACUACCACUACUACUGUAACACCAUCUACAACAACAGAAACAUCAACUACCACUACUACUGUAACACCAUCUACAACAACAGAAACAUCAACUACCACUACUACUGUAACACCAUCUACAACAACAGAAACAUCUACUACAACUACUACUGUAACACCAUCUACAACAACAGAAACAUCUACUACAACUACUACUCCACCACCUCCUUGUCAGUGGUCAGAGUGGUUUGACAACAGCAAACCCACCACAGAUGUCAAAGGAAAGGAAAUUGAAUCAAUCAGUGAACUGUGGAAUCAGGGUAAAAUAUCCUGUGAGAACCCAGACAAAAUUGAAUGCAUGACAAAUUAUAACAAUCAAAACUUCACAGACACGAACUGGAAGCACAAUCAAGUUGUGUCAUGCAAUACAUCUUUUGGACUGUUGUGUUCAAACAAAGAAAAUUCUAAUAAAGUAUGCCACAAUCAUCUAAUACGUGUGUGUUGCAACAUAUCAGUUUCAUCCACUACAAAUCCCACAUCUACUGCAUCAACUACUACUAUAACUACAACAUCUACAACAACAGAAACAUCUACUACCACUACUACUGUAACACCAUCUACAACAACAGAAACAUCUACUACCACUACUACUGUAACACCAUCUACAACAACAGAAACAUCUACUACCACUACUACUGUAACGCCAUCUACAACAACAGAAACAUCUACUACCACUACUACUGUAACGCCAUCUACAACAACAGAAACAUCUACUACCACUACUACUGUAACGCCAUCUACAACAACAGAAACAUCUACUACCACUACUACUGUAACACCAUCUACAACAACAGAAACAUCAACUACCACUACAACUGUUACACCAUCUACAACAACAGAAUCAUCUACUACCACUACUACUGUAACGCCAUCUACAACAACAGAAACAUCAACUACCACUACUACUGUAACACCAUCUACAACAACAGAAACAUCUACUACCACUACAACUGUAACACCAUCUACAAUAACAGAAACAUCUACUACCACUACUACUCCACCACCUCCUUGUCAGUGGUCAGAGUGGUUUGACAACAGCAAACCCACCACAGAUGUCAAAGGAAAGGAAAUUGAAUCAAUCAGUGAACUGUGGAAUCAGGGUAAAAUAUCCUGUGAGAACCCAGACAAAAUUGAAUGCAUGACAAAUUAUAACAAUCAAAACUUCACAGACACGAACUGGAAGCACAAUCAAGUAGUGUCGUGCAAUACAUCUUUUGGACUGUUGUGUUCAAACAAAGAAAAUUCUAAUAAAGUAUGCCAUAAUCAUCUAAUACGUGUGUGUUGCAACAUAUCAGUUUCAUCCACUACAAAUCCCACAUCUACUGCAUCAACUACUACUAUAACUACAACAUCUACAACAACAGAAACAUCUACUACCACUACAACUGUAACACCAUCUACAACAACAGAAACAUCUACUACCACUACUACUGUAACACCAUCUACAACAACAGAAACAUCUACUACCACUACAACUGUAACACCAUCUACAACAACAGAAACAUCAACUACCACUACUACUGUAACACCAUCUACAACAACAGAAACAUCUACUACAACUACUACUCCACCACCUCCUUGUCAGUGGUCAGAGUGGUUUGACAACAGCAAACCCACCACAGAUGUCAAAGGAAAGGAAAUUGAAUCAAUCAGUGAACUGUGGAAUCAGGGUAAAAUAUCCUGUGAGAACCCAGACAAAAUCGAAUGCAUGACAACUUAUAACAAUCAAAACUUCACAGACACGAACUGGAAGCACAAUCAAGUUGUGUCGUGCAAUACAUCUUUUGGACUGUUGUGUUCAAACAAAGAAAAUUCUAAUAAAGUAUGCCAUAAUCAUCUAAUACGUGUGUGUUGCAACAUAUCAGUUUCAUCCACUACAAAUCCCACAUCUACUGCAUCAACUGCUACUAUAACUACACCAUCUACAACAACAGAAACAUCUACUACCACUACAACUGUUACACCAUCUACAACAACAGAAACAUCUACUACCACUACUACCACUACAACUGUAACACCAUCUACAACAACAGAAACAUCUACUACCACUACUACUGUAACACCAUCUACAACAACAGAAACAUCUACUACCACUACUACUGUAACACCAUCUACAACAACAGAAACAUCUACUACCACUACUACCACUACAACUGUAACACCAUCUACAACAACAGAAACAUCUACUACCACUACUACUGUAACACCAUCUACAACAACAGAAACAUCUACUACAACUACAACUGUAACACCAUCUACAACAACAGAAACAUCUACUACCACUACAACUGUUACACCAUCUACAACAACAGAAACAUCUACUACCACUACAACUGUUACACCAUCUACAACAACAGAAACAUCUACUACCACUACAACUGUUACACCAUCUACAACAACAGAAACAUCUACUACCACUACAACUGUAACACCAUCUACAACAACAGAAACAUCAACUACCACUACAACUGUUACACCAUCUACAACAACAGAAACAUCUACUACCACUACAACUGUUACACCAUCUACAACAACAGAAACAUCUACUACCACUACAACUGUAACACCAUCUACAACAACAGAAACAUCUACUACCACUACUACUGUAACACCAUCUACAACAACAGAAACAUCUACUACCACUACUACUGUAACACCAUCUACAACAACAGAAACAUCUACUACAACUACUACUCCACCACCUCCUUGUCAGUGGUCAGAGUGGUUUGACAACAGCAAACCCACCACAGAUGUCAAAGGAAAGGAAAUUGAAUCAAUCAGUGAACUGUGGAAUCAGGGUAAAAUAUCCUGUGAGAACCCAGACAAAAUUGAAUGCAUGACAAAUUAUAACAAUCAAAACUUCACAGACACGAACUGGAAGCACAAUCAAGUUGUGUCGUGCAAUACAUCUUUUGGACUGUUGUGUUCAAACAAAGAAAAUUCUAAUAAAGUAUGCCAUAAUCAUCUAAUACGUGUGUGUUGCAACAUAUCAGUUUCAUCCACUACAAAUCCCACAUCUACUGCAUCAACUACUAGUAUAACUACAACAUCUACAACAACAGAAACAUCUACUACCACUACAACUGUUACACCAUCUACAACAACAGAAACAUCAACUACCACUACAACUGUUACACCAUCUACAACAACAGAAACAUCUACUACCACUACAACUGUAACACCAUCUACAACAACAGAAACAUCUACUACCACUUCAACUGUAACACCAUCUACAACAACAGAAACAUCUACUACCACUACUACUGUAACACCAUCUACAACAACAGAAACAUCUACUACCACUACAACUGUUACACCAUCUACAACAACAGAAACAUCAACUACAACUACUACUGUAACACCAUCUACAACAACAGAAACAUCUACUACCACUUCAACUGUAACACCAUCUACAACAACAGAAUCAUCUACUACCACUACUACUGUAACACCAUCUACAACAACAGAAACAUCAACUACCACUACAACUGUAACACCAUCUACAACAACAGAAUCAUCUACUACCACUACUACUGUAACACCAUCUACAACAACAGAAACAUCAACUACCACUACAACUGUAACACCAUCUACAACAACAGAAUCAUCUACUACCACUACAACUGUAACACCAUCUACAACAAUAGAAUCAUCAACUACCACUACUACUGUAACACCAUCUACAACAACAGAAACAUCUACUACCACUACAACUGUAACACCAUCUACAACAACAGAAUCAUCAACUACCACUACAACUGUAACACCAUCUACAACAACAGAAUCAUCAACUACCACUACUACUGUAACACCAUCUACAACAACAGAAACAUCUACUACCACUACUACUGUAACACCAUCUACAACAACAGAAACAUCUACUACAACUACUACUCCACCACCUCCUUGUCAGUGGUCAGAGUGGUUUGACAACAGCAAACCCACCACAGAUGUCAAAGGAAAGGAAAUUGAAUCAAUCAGUGAACUGUGGAAUCAGGGUAAAAUAUCCUGUGAGAACCCAGACAAAAUUGAAUGCAUGACAAAUUAUAACAAUCAAAACUUCACAGACACGAACUGGAAGCACAAUCAAGUUGUGUCGUGCAAUACAUCUUUUGGACUGUUGUGUUCAAACAAAGAAAAUUCUAAUAAAGUAUGCCAUAAUCAUCUAAUACGUGUGUGUUGCAACAUAUCAGUUUCAUCCACUACAAAUCCCACAUCUACUGCAUCAACUACUAGUAUAACUACAACAUCUACAACAACAGAAACAUCUACUACCACUACAACUGUUACACCAUCUACAACAACAGAAACAUCAACUACCACUACAACUGUUACACCAUCUACAACAACAGAAACAUCUACUACCACUACAACUGUAACACCAUCUACAACAACAGAAACAUCUACUACCACUUCAACUGUAACACCAUCUACAACAACAGAAACAUCUACUACCACUACUACUGUAACACCAUCUACAACAACAGAAACAUCUACUACCACUACAACUGUUACACCAUCUACAACAACAGAAACAUCAACUACAACUACUACUGUAACACCAUCUACAACAACAGAAACAUCUACUACCACUUCAACUGUAACACCAUCUACAACAACAGAAUCAUCUACUACCACUACUACUGUAACACCAUCUACAACAACAGAAACAUCAACUACCACUACAACUGUAACACCAUCUACAACAACAGAAUCAUCUACUACCACUACUACUGUAACACCAUCUACAACAACAGAAACAUCAACUACCACUACAACUGUAACACCAUCUACAACAACAGAAUCAUCUACUACCACUACAACUGUAACACCAUCUACAACAACAGAAUCAUCAAAUACCACUACUACUGUAACACCAUCUACAACAACAGAAACAUCAACUACCACUACAACUGUAACACCAUCUACAACAACAGAAUCAUCAACUACCACUACUGUAACACCAUCUACAACAACAGAAACAUCUACUACCACUACAACUGUAACACCAUCUACAACAACAGAAACAUCAACUACCACUACUACUGUAACACCAUCUACAACAACAGAAACAUCAACUACCACUACUACUGUAACACCAUCUACAACAACAGAAACAUCAACUACAACAGAAUCAUCUACUACCACUACAACUGUAACACCAUCUACAACAACAGAAACAUCAACUACCACUACUGUAACACCAUCUACAACAACAGAAACAUCAACUACCACUACUACUGUAACACCAUCUACAACAACAGAAACAUCAACUACAACAGAAUCAUCUACUACCACUACUACUGUAACACCAUCUACAACAACAGAAACAUCAACUACCACUACUGUAACACCAUCUACAACAACAGAAUCAUCAACUACCACUACUACUGUAACACCAUCUACAACAACAACAACAACAACAACAACAACAACAACAACAACAACUACCACUACUACUGUAACACCAUCUACAACAACAACAACUACCACACCUUUCUGCACAUAUAACAAUAAAACGUACACAGCAGGGUCAAAAAUCCCUCUUCUACAGGAUGAGUGCUAUGAUGUUUAUUGCAACUCCUCUGGCCAUAUUGUAAAACAGAUUAAAUCCGACAACCAGACGACAAAUGCAUGCACUAUCAAAACGUGCAAAGAUGGAAAACUCGUCUCAGAACCUGUACAUUGUGACCCAAUAAUUCAAAAUCUUGAAUGUGUUAACGGACUUGAUCCUGUGAAGGUGUAUUAUAACAAUGGCUGCUGCUAUAACUAUGAGUGUGAAUGUUUAUGCAAUUCCUGGGGUGACCCUCAUUACAGAACUUUUGAUGGCCAAUAUUAUGCUUUUCAAGGAAACUGCACUUAUGUUUUGUUCGAAGAAAUCAUCCCAACAUACAAUAUCAGUGUCCACGCUAAAAACUAUUAUUGUGAUACUGCAAAUAAUCUUGCUUGCCCUGAGUACGUGCUUGUGUAUUACAAAUCCUACAAAAUCAAGCUGACAAGUAACAAUGAUAAAGUGGUCAAUGUCUAUGUUGAUGAUGUACAGAGGAAGCCAACGUACAUAAACAAUAGCAUCAUCAUCACCAGUACUGGCAUGGAAGUGACACUGAACAUCUCUGAAAUCAAAACUUUAAUCACAGUCAGUUAUUUGAGCGUCCAAAUCAAACUCCCAUUCUCCUACUUCCAUCAUAAUACUCGGGGACAAUGUGGGUAUUGUGACAACAGCACAAUAGACGACUGCAGACUUCCUAAUGGAACAAUCGACAAAUCAUGUGAGCACGUAGCACAGUUUUGGAUGGUUCCUCCGGGAUGUAAAUUACCUCCACCUCCUCCUCCACCUCUUCCACCACCGUCUCCUCCAAACAUCACUGUCUGUAAAAUCAUCAACAGCACUGUGUUUUACAGCUGCCAUAACACCAUUCCCUAUCGAGACUAUUAUGAGGCAUGUAAAUAUGAUGUAUUCAAAAUGGGAAAUGAGUCUGCUGCCUGCGCUAGUCUAGAGACCUAUGCACGGCUAUGUGGCCAAAAGUCUAUCUGUGUGGACUGGAGAAACUCCCCUAUUCUCAAAGGACUAUGUGAAUACAAGUGCCCCAAUCAAAAAGUCUACAAGGCAUGCGGACCAAGAGUGGAAAAAUCCUGCAGCACAUCGUACAAUGAUAUGUAUGGGGAGAACGAAUGCAAAGAUUGCAACCAAACUUUAACUGAAGGUUGUUACUGUCCUGAUGGCCAAUAUCGGGUUAAUAUGACAUCAAAUCUGUGUACAGCUUACUGCGAUUGCACUGGCACUGAUGGAAUACCUAGACACCCUGGGGACACAUGGACAGAGGAGUGUUACACAUACAAUUGCAAUACUUUUGGUGUGCGUUUGAAAGAUUCUAUAAAGUGUCCAACUAAGAUGCCCUGUGGUGUCGGAUACAAAAGCACAGUAAUAAACUGCUGUCAAACUUGUGUGCCCAAAGACGUCUGUGUGUACAAUAACACAGAGUAUGAGGUUGGAGAAGUCCAGCGUUUCGAAUGUGAAACUGUUAGUUGCCAUAAAAUUAAUGGCUCGUUUGUGAUUAAGAAGAACAUCACAGAAUGCAGUCCAAGUGACUGUAAACCUGGGUUUAAAUAUGUGAAAAAAGAAGGAGCGUGCUGUGGAUCAUGCACACAAGUAGACUGUAUUUAUGAUGCACCAAACAAGACCGGACAGACUCUCAAGGUUGGAGAAGUCCACAGUUACACAUGUGAAAAUGUUACCUGUCGUGAAAUCAAUGGCUCACUUAUGACUGACAGGAGCUCUGAGAAGUGCUCUUACUUGAGUUCAAGUGACUGUAAACCUUGCUUUGAAUAUGUGAAAAAAGAAGGAGAGUGCUGUGGAUCAUGUCAACAAAAAUGCUGUAUUUAUGUUGCACCAGACAAAACCACACAUACUCUCCAGGAUCGAGAGGCGUACAAGUUCAAAUGUACAACUGGUACCUGCAAUAAAGUGAAUGGCUCGUUUGAGGUUGUGCAGAGCAUUAAAGAAUGCCCUGUCUUUAAUCCAGAGGACUGUGUGCCUGAUACAAUAGAAUUAGACAUAGAUGGAUGUUGCAAUACCUGUAAACCCAGGAACUGUAUUCUAGAGAAGAACCACACCCGUCUGCAUGUCAAUGGUUGCAUUUCCAUCGAGGAUGUAGAAGUUACUUCCUGCACUGGCCACUGUGACAGCAGAUCAAUGUAUUCGAUGGACAUGAACAAUAUGACGCACAGCUGUUUUUGCUGCCAGGAGGAUCAAUUCAGCAAUAGAAAUGUGACGCUGAAGUGUGCCAAUGGCAGCGAGAAGUUUUAUAACUACAUGUACAUAGAGACCUGCAAAUGCACUAAGUGUGAAAACUAGAAAGAAGAAAAAAUCAAAUAUCCUCCUUAGUGCUGAUUUGAACAUCACUCAAUCUGAAAAAAAUUGUAAAACAUAAUAUAUAUCUGAAAAUGACAGUAGUUAUGAUUUAAGCUGAUUGUUACAGUGCAUUAAUGGCUAAAUUUAUCUUUUCUUUGUAGUGUGUUGCAGGGGUAUGGUUAACUCUAAGCAUAAUCUAUUUUGUUAUGUCUUGAAGGGGAUGCUGGGCUUUUUUUAUUUUUUUAUUUGUUAUACUCUCUGGUAAUGCAUGCUAUAAUAAUGUCCUGUACUUUUCCUUCCAAUGAAAUGAAUUAAAAUCACAAUAAAGCAUAAUAAAGAGCAUCAA